CCCCUCAUUUCUCUACCUCCCUCCCUCCCUCCCUCCCUCCCUCUCCUCUUGAGUCUGAAGUAUUGUCACUGUCUAUCUACCGUACGAGAUUUUCAGCCAUGUCUCUCCUUAACGAUCUCAUCAACAUCAAUCUCUCUGAUACUACUGAAAAGAUCAUAGCUGAAUACCUAUGGAUUGGUGGGUCGGGAAUGGACUUGAGAAGCAAAGCAAGGACUUUACCAGGGCCGGUGACUGACCCUGCCGAACUUCCGAAGUGGAACUUUGAUGGUUCUAGCACAGGCCAAGCACCUGGUGAUGACAGUGAGGUUAUUUUAUACCCGCAAUCGAUAUUCAAGGAUCCUUUUAGAAAAGGAAACAACAUCUUGGUGAUGUGCGAUGCAUACACACCAGCUGGGGAGCCAAUUCCAACAAACAAGAGGUUCAAUGCUGCCCAGAUCUUUAGCGACCCUGUUGUUGCCGCCGAGGAGCCAUGGUAUGGAAUCGAGCAGGAAUACACUCUUCUCCAGAAGGACAUCAACUGGCCCCUUGGAUGGCCCGUCGGUGGCUUCCCCGGUCCUCAGGGUCCAUACUACUGUUCUGUAGGGGCUGACAAAUCCUUCGGCCGUGACAUUGUUGAUGCCCACUACAAGGCAUGCUUGUAUGCUGGUAUUAACAUUAGUGGUAUCAAUGGUGAAGUUAUGCCUGGUCAGUGGGAAUUCCAAGUUGGUCCUUCCGUUGGAAUCUCUGCUGGUGAUGAAGUGUGGGUUGCCAGAUACAUCCUCGAGAGAAUCGCUGAAAUUGCUGGCGUUGUGGUUUCUUUUGACCCAAAACCAAUCCCGGGUGACUGGAAUGGAGCCGGAGCUCACACUAACUACAGCACCAAGUCAAUGAGAAAUGAGGGUGGAAUUGCUGUGAUCAAGAAAGCCAUUGAGAAACUAGGCCUCCGACACAAGGAGCACAUAGCUGCCUAUGGUGAGGGCAAUGAGAGAAGAUUGACAGGUCGCCAUGAGACUGCUGAUAUCAACACUUUCUCCUGGGGCGUAGCGAAUAGGGGAGCAUCCAUCCGUGUUGGUCGCGAUACUGAGAAAGAAGGAAAAGGUUACUUUGAAGACAGAAGGCCAGCAUCCAACAUGGAUCCCUAUGUGGUCACUUCAAUGAUCGCCGAAACCACCAUUAUCUGGAGGCCAUAGAGAAGAAAUUGAUUAUUGGAAGAUGAUGGAUGGCCACAGGCCCAUGAUUUCUAAAUUUAAACUGCUCCUCUCUCAACCGAGGAAUAUUAAAUAACGCUUUAUAUCUUUCUUUGACGUGCUUGAUUUGUUUGUGUGCUUUGGAUUGAUGGCUUGCUUUUCGUUUAGUUCCCAUUUUCUUAUAGCUUUCUGUAAAUGCCAGUGUUGGCUGUUGAUCAUUUGAAAACAUGUUCAACUCCUUUUUAAUAAAGAGUAGUUUAGCUAGUCACAA